AUGUCUCAGAAUCCCACAUCAAACUCCUCGGCUAAAAACAUUAUAUCCUCAUAUGGUUACAUGGAGCGAUACGGACAUCUUGCACCUCCCCGCGAAAAGCCCACCCACGAAUUUGACGACCUCGAACAAUCCAUCUCUGUCCGAAUCAACGACAAGUAUAUCAACUGCUUCAGACUCGUCGCCGCGGGCAAAACCACCACCGGAUAUGGCGUCCGUAUACAUGCGUUCACCGACGAUUCGGAAUGCAGAGACGUCGCCAUGAAAGGGAAACGGGAGGAUGUCCAGGUCACUGUCGCGCCAAAAGACAAGCUCGCGGACGAGGUCGUUGGCGAGAUCAUGGCUAUUUCGCUGGGGAAUCAGGGAUGUAUUAUCAUUCUGGCGUAUUUCAAAAAGGCUGAUCUGGGCCUUGGCAAGGAUGAUGAGUGGGUGAAGGUUUCGAUGGAUAGGGAAUAUAAAGAGGAUGUGAUACCGCAAUGGGAGGACCUGGAGGAGUGGGUUGAGUUCUUCUCCCGAAAGUCUGCUAGAUCUCCCGUCGAAGACGUCUCCUCGGUGCCACUUUCUAAUGUCUUCCUCCGUAACUGUGCCCCCAUGAUCAAUUUGGAUAUCAUGCCUGACGCAUAUCCCAUCACGUUCCUUGCCAUCAACCACGUUCGCUUUGCUGUGCUGAAGAUCAUCCAUCCCAUACAAGUCGUCCGUCGACCCUUGCCAGCUCACACCGUCCCCGAGCCGUUCAAAAGACCCCUCGAGAUCGAUUGUGUCAUUGGCGGCGGCGGCCCGCUUGCGGUUACUCGCUUUACCGAUGAAGCGCCUGAAGAGAGACGCACAGGGCGGCAGGCAGGCGCCGAUGAUGUCGAGGCAGACUUCGGCGGCCGAUGCCGUGUAGGGGAAGAUGGUUGUCUGGCUGACGUUGUGCGCUAUACCGGGCACUGGACGGAAGAUCCAGAAGAGAAGCGGUCGGGAGAUGGAGAUGAGGAUUACGCUGGAAAAACAAUGAGCCACAGCAAGAUUGCGAUCGUUGUUCCCCAUACCCAGCACCGCAAAACCUUUGAAGCUGAGAAAAGGCGGUAG